GCUUUUCCUAUGACAACCUGCGUUAAAGAGGGUACGAAGAAGAAGUAGGCUAACUGGUAGCCAGCUAGCUCCACCAGUUGUCUUUCCAAUGGUACCAAGUCAAACUGGACUGGACUCCUUUGGGAAAGCGGCGGUGGGCUGCACGACUGCGUCUAAAGCAUUUGGAUAAGGCUGGUGCUUGAUGAUGCGGCGGGGGGAGCCCAUUUCACCGGCUUUCCAGGCCCCGGUGGAUGUCCACGCCAGUGCAGAUGGCCAGGUUUACAUGUUCAAUAGGAGGCCCAAUGAGUCGUCUGUAUCCUCCGAGGAUGAGGAGCUCACCGUCAUGGAGAUGAGGCCACGGGUUUUCCAAGAUCAGGGGCAGGCCAGUGUGAGGAACAUCCUGCUCCUGGAGCGAGAGGUACUAGACGGCGACAACCUCAACAAGCUCGCACUGCAAUAUGGCUGCAAGGUGGCAGAUAUAAAGCGGGUGAACAACCUUAUGCAAGAACAAGAUCUAUUUGCUUUGAAAUAUAUCAAAAUACCAGUUCAGAAACACAGCUUUUUAACAGAGAUGUACACAGACCUAAGCGACCCUCGAGAAGAAAUGCCACAUUCUUCCACCACACUAGUGAAGCCUCUGGACCGAGCCAGAGUCCAACCGCAUCUGCAGGAGGUCACAGACUUUCUCAUGGAGGUGGACCACGAUAUCGAGAAACUGAUUCAAACCACAAACGAUCAAGACGAUGAUUUCUUGGACAGCUCCGAGAAACCGGGGAUGUUUGGUUUCAGAAGGCGGCGUCUGACCAGUCACGGUGCCGACUGGGGCAUCCAGUGGUGGAACGCUGUCGUUGCCAUGCUCCUGAUAGGCAUCGUACUGCCGCUAUUUUAUGUCAUUUAUUUCAAGACAAAGGAUAAUGGGGUCGUCAGUGACGACGGGUCCGUGCCAUUAUCCACCAGCUCCUCAAACUCCUCUGGGACAGGCCUUGAUACGAGAGGGCCGGAGCACUUUCAAGAACCAGGCUAGCUAGAAACAGGGAUUAUUUUUAAGACUGUACCGCUCAAUGGUAGUUGACAAUCAAGAUAAAGCAAAUUUUCUACAUUUUAAUCGUGCAAUAACCCCACAUUUGUUUUAAUUUAGCCUUUAUAUUUACUGUUUUAGGUGGAUACUUCAAUGAUUGCCUUACAGGGAAAUUGUUACAAUUUAGGAUACUUACUAUUUUAUCCAACUGCUUUGAUAAUAGUUCUGUGAUCCUUUGGUUUUGGGAUCACAGUUACUUCUUCUUUCCCAAUUUUCAGAUGUGAAAUGCUGGAGUCCUCACAUAGUAAUUGCAAAUAGAAAAUGUACUUUUUGUGAAAGAAACAAUAUUUUUUAGAAUUUCUGUGCCUUUACACUAGUGCCUGUUGACCGCAUCAGCACAUAAAUAAGUGUCCUCAUAUCAGUCUUGUAUGUUGACACCAUCUUAAUGUCUAUCCCUACACAUUAAUAUAUAUUUUAAAGAGUUGCCUUUACAGACGGGGAGAACAGCAUGCAAUGUUUAACUUUGAGCGUUCAUUUUGGGCCUCGUUUGAGUGAACUGAUUAGGGGCCCGUAUUGAUUGUUUGGUUGAUGCUGUGCACCUUUAUGCCCCCUCUCUGGGUCUGAGUACAGUGCCAAAUGUGUAAAUGUUGUUUACAGUCAGAAUUUGGUGCAUUUCUAUCCUCUUAGAUUUUUUUGUGCUCAUUUGACAGCUUCCAAAGUGGUUGGAUUUUGAGAAUGGAUUAGUCAUCCAUACGUUCUCGUCAUUAAGUGUGGAAAAAGUGUAAAAAAAGUCCCUUAAACCUUUAUUGUCAGGUUGAUCUAGUAUUGCACAUGUUGUCUGAUGAGUCAUUGAGUCCACCAUCAGCAUGUGACGAGUUUGCGUAGCUUGUCUAAUGCACUUUUUGAAGACAAGUCUUUUUAAUUGAAUGAAACUGGAUUCUGAUGACAUAUUUUUCAAACUAAGUCAAUUUAGAAAAAUUGACAUAAUGGAUCUCCAAUAUGUUUGUUGUGUUGCAUGUUCCUAUUGAAAUAUAAACUUUACGGAGGUAAAGUAUCCUCUCCUUGCUUUGU